CAUGUGUGCUUAGCUAAAUUUUUGUUAGUUUCAUCCGGGAAAAUGGCAAAUAUUUUGUGGCCAGUGCCGCAGAAUGGCUAUCGUGUGCACGUCAGACCAGGGCCAUGCCUAACUCCAGCAGUGUAAUGCGCCUUGGGGGCAGUGGCAUUCCAUACGACGGCGACCCCCUGACAAUGAGCGCAGCUGGCAACGACUAUGCCGAACUCUGUGAUCUUGGACCCUCGCGAUGGAGUGCCCGACCCUACGGAUACAAUGCGACCGCAGCGGCAGCCGCCGGCUUUGGCCUUGGGCCCUCGAUGGGCGGGACGCAGUCGUCGUCGAGCGUGCCGACGGGCGGAUCGGCGGGGCUCAGCGGUCACCACCUGCGCGGUAGUGGGGCGCCGGGGCCGAGCAGCUUCGAGGCGGAGGACAUUGGCCUGGCCUUUGGCAUGAUCAGUCCGCCGCCGGGCAGUGGACCCUAUGGCGGAUCAUCGGCGGCAGCGGCAGCAGCGGCGGCGGCGGCCAGCGGAUCGCGCGUGGGCAAUAGUACGAGCUCGCUGCGCGGCGCUGGUGGUCGAUCCGGAUUGUACUACUCGCCGCCGGGCACCUCCUACACGAUCAUCGAGCGCCCCCACUCGCCGCACUACUACUUCAACUCGGCAGGCGUGCCCACCAAGGGCGGCUCGCUGCCGGGGCGUGGCAGCGCCUAUCUCAGCUCCUCACCCGCCAGCCACAUGGCCGCCGGAACGGCGGGCACCCUGCCCACCUCGACGGCCGCCAGCGGACGAUCGAUGGGCCAGCACGCCAGCAGCAACGGCAACAAGAAGCGGCCCAUCUCGCCGGAGCAGGUGCUGCGCAUGUUCGGCGCCACCCAGUCGUCAUCAGUUCCUACGAGUAGCUACCACUACAGCAACGGCGGCACGCGGGAUCGGGAUCGCACGGGCAGGCGCAGCCCCGCCAGCAGUCCGCCCUCCACCACCCACCAGAUUUAUCGGGAUCGGGAGCGGGAAAGGGAUCGUAGUGUCCCAAAUAUCCACGAACUUACCACGCGAACCGUUUCCAUGUCGCGCGACCAGCAAAUCGAUCAUGGUUUCGGCAUUUGCGUCAAGGGAGGCAAAGACUCAGGCUUAGGCGUCUACAUCUCACGCAUCGAGGAAAAUUCGGUGGCCGAACGCGCCGGUUUGCGACCCGGUGAUACAAUCCUAGAGGUGAAUGGCACCCCCUUCACCUCAAUCAAUCACGAGGAGGCGCUGAAGAGAUGUGUGCAGAUAUUGAAAUCGUCACGUCAAAUCAGUAUGACGGUGCGAGCGCCGCCCACGCUGAACUCGACCGCCCCGCUGCACGGCUUCGGUCCGCCCUCCCGCGACCCCAUGUACGCGUCGAUGGCACCCCCCCUCCACCCGCAGAACCAGGCGGCAGCGGCAGCCGCGGCGGCGGCCGCCCAGGGGGCGGGGCUGCCCUUCCGCCAGACCUGCUCCUGGAUGGACCGCCACGGACGACCCGCCUCCCCGCCCAUGGAGUACGGGGGCAGGCGCAGCGAUCGACGGGAUCGGAUACGUCGCGUGGAGCUGCUGAUCGAGCCCGGCCAAUCUCUGGGCCUGAUGAUCCGCGGCGGCGUGGAGUACGGCCUGGGGAUCUUCGUCACCGGCGUGGACAAGGACAGUGUGGCCGAUCGGUCCGGACUGAUGAUCGGCGACGAGAUCCUCGAGGUCAACGGGCAAUCCUUUCUCGAUGUGACGCACGACGAGGCGGUGGGUCAGUUGAAGUACCACAAGCGCAUGUCGCUGGUGAUACGUGACGUGGGCAAGGUGCCGCACUCCUGUACCUCCAUCGAGAUGGAGCCCUGGGAUGCCUACAGUCCAACGGGUACAAGAGCACGCCGAAAAGGUCAAAUUGCGACCAUGGUGGAGGAGAAGGCGCGCUCUCUGCUGCCCCGUCAUCACUUUGCAAGCCUUUCCUACUAUAUUGCCGAAUAUAGUGCGAAAGCAAUGACCAUAGAUGCCUUUGUUGCCGUCUUAUUAGAGAUGUUAGAUACGUACGAGAAGCACUCGCUAGUGACGGAGAUACGGGAACUGGUAUUUCCCGAGGAUCGCACGCGAUACGACGAGCUAGUCUAUCGCAGAGAACGCGAUCCUUACAGCGUGGAUAGGCAUAGGCGUAAGGGAGACCCCGCCCGUGACUUGCCGGUAACAGCCGAUGAUUUGGAAAUAAUAGCCGCCACCGGACGGAGUCCUUCGUCGGACUCGGGAUUGGGCAUGACCGUUACGGAUAUACACAAACGACCCGCACUACAGUUGCCCCAUCGACCCAUGUCGGCGGGACCCAUACUGCAUCGCUCACAGCCAGCAUCACAUUAUCAGACAGCAAGCCACCAGUCGUCAUCAUCAUUAUCGCCUCCACAACAACAGCAGCAACACCAGCAGCAAAAUCAGCAACAUCAGCAACAGCAGCAACAUUAUCCACCCCAUCAUGCCUCAUUGCGUCAUCUGGGCGGAAUUGGCGGCAACGUGGGAUCUGGGCGACAUCAUCACCACCAUCCGUUGGGACCAAGUCAAUUGAAAUUCAAGCAGGCCAAAGACAAUCAGCAACAGGAAUACGGCUGUGAUGAGCACAGAACUCGCAGGGGCAGCGAAACCCUUUUACCGGAAUACGAUCAAGAUGCGGGCGGCUACUUAGAUGGACUGCGUUCACAUUUGGGUGGUUUAACACAACGUGUCAAAUCAUGGUAUUGGGGACGACCUCUAGAGUUGGCCACAAAACUCUCACGGAGUUUCGAUAUGAAGGAAGAAGGCGGCACAUUGCUGGGCGAUAAAGGUGUACGAAGGCAUCAGUCCAUGCAGCGUCUGUCAGCGGAGCAGAAUGGUGGUUCAACGACUGAACAAACACAUGAACACAAUCCAAACGUCGUACCUGAUCAUAGAGGCAACUUACACAUUACAGUUAAGAAAACCAAACCAAUUUUAGGUAUUGCUAUUGAAGGUGGUGCUAAUACAAAACACCCGCUUCCUAGGAUAAUCAAUAUCCAUGAAAAUGGUGCAGCAUUUGAAGCGGGCGGCCUUGAAGUCGGGCAACUCAUUCUGGAAGUAGAUGGGACCAAAGUGGAAGGUCUACAUCAUCAGGAGGUUGCUCGACUGAUAGCCGAAUGCUUUGCUAAUCGUGAAAAGGCUGAAAUAACCUUCUUAGUUGUCGAAGCAAAAAAAUCAAAUUUGGAACCGAAGCCGACGGCGCUGAUAUUUUUAGAAGCCUAACAUUUGCUUGCCCUGCCGGCCAGUGACCCAUUGGAACGACAAAAACUCGAGUUCCUCUAUGAAUGGGGCAUCGAUUUAACGGAGACGCCAAAACCAAUGCCAACACCAAUACCGCUAACGAAAGCCAAGAAUCCGCCGCCACUGCCCCAUGAGAUGCACAACAACAUCAAUAGCCAUUAUGGUAGCAGUGCGGCGAUCAGCAAUCAUCAACCUCAUUCGCAUUCGCAUCCGCAAACACAUCCUCACCAGCAGCAGCAGCAACAACAACAGCAGCAACAUCAGCAGCAGCAGCAGCAACAUCAAAACACCAAAACGCCCAACACAAACAACAGCAACACACAAGCAACACCAACGGGAGCAGCGACAACUGCAAACAAACAACAACAGGCAAACACCAACACACCAACAAAGGCGUCGCGUGAGGCGACUCCCACGCGGGAUUCACAUCAGCAACAUGCCACGCCCACACACCAGCAACCAACGCCCACCCGUCAGCAGCAACUGCAACGUGAACAACGUGAGCAACGUGAAACACGCGAACAACGAGAGCAACGUGAGCAACGCGAACAACGUGAGCUACGUGAUCAACGUGAACAACGUGAACAGCGUGAGCAACGCGAGCAUCAGCUACACCAACGCGAUCAGCAGCAACAUCAUCGCGAACGGCAGCAACAAUUGCGAGAGCAACGGGAACAACGCGAACGGGAGUACCAACACGAACACGAACACGAACACCACCACGAACAACACCCACACCAACAGCACCACCAUCGUGAACACCACGAGCAACAAUACCACCACCACCAUCAUCAUCAUUCAUCUGGAUCACAAUCACAACAGCAACACCAACGCUACAGCAGCAGCAACAGCUACAAAUCUCAUAAUAAUUCCGUUUACCAGUAAGGAGAAACCGAAAAGCAAGAGUCAAAAAUACAAUUCUCGCAAUUGGAGCAACAAUUUUUUGGAAACAUUCUUUUCAAACUGCAAGAGCAAUUCAAUCAGUAAACAGUUUAAUUGUGCUACCUUUGUUGAAACAAAAACGAAGACCUAUGCCCCUCAUGCACGCCUCUUUCUACACUGAACAUAACGCGCUUGUUAAAGAUAUAUACAAAAUUGUCCCAGAACUACCACAAAACUAUGUGGGUCACCAUAUCCUGCUAUGUACCCUAGAAAUGUGUUAAUUUGUUGUAGCUGACGAGAUGCUCUUACCAAAAAAAUGUUGAAAGAAAGAAAGUUGAUUCUAAAGUUUGUAAUAACCAUUUAUUAAGUUUUGUCUGUUUGGUUUGUUUAUUAAACCCAUUUCUGAAAUAUCAAAUGCAAAAUUUUAACACUGCCAAGGUUAAAGAAAAACAAUAAAAAAUAUAAAAAAAAUAAUCAAGAGCAUCUCUCUCACUUGGCUUUCCGUUCGAACCUUACAGUGCAGUAUAUGGCUCGCCCGAAACUUCUCUUAGAACUAGAACCAAAAAACCACUCCUAUCCUCAACUAGAAUAACCAGAGACAAGACCUAUCCAGUCCUUAGGUAUCCGUAUCCUAAGACCCUCUAUCGAACCACGAACCACGCGCUAGACGAAUUGUGUAAAUCUGUGUAAACUCUAUAACAUAUUAUUGUAUGAUUAUAAUUACUAUUGAGUAUCAAGCGAUCAACGUAGCUUAGACAGUUAGUCAUUACUUGUUUACACUAGUGACGAGAAAAGUUUACGUUCACGAGAUUACUGUAAGAGCAAUGUUAUUUGAUGAUAAACCCACAAAAGUCCCCAAGAAAAAGCAAACACAACCCAAUAAGGCAUACAUUAAGAAAAUCAAGAGCUUAAAAUGUUAAAAACGAACAAGUAAAAUAUCUAAAAAUCCCUUAAACAGUAAGCAAAAAGAAGACGAUGCAGAGAAAAAUAAGCAAAAAAAAAAUAAUAAAGGCACAGACACUGUAAAAUGUAAAAAUAACCAGCAAACUAGUAACGAAUUGUCGCUUUUGUUAGAUUCAAACACACACUAACACAGACAAAUACACGUAUGCACGCCACUCACACACACACGCAUGCAUAUUGCCAAAUUGAUUGUAUUUACAGCAGCUAAUUGAACAAAACAAAAAAACCUACAACAAACAAAAAUGAAGCCCACCUAAGCAACAGUUAAUUUGUAAAAAUAAAAAGUAAUCUUAAAAUUAAAUCACAAAAAAUGUAAAAAGGUAUAAAUAUAUAUUUAAUAGAAGGAAGCAGUAGCAACGACCACACACACAAACUCACACUUACACUUACACCUACACCCACUCAGAAAUACCUAGCCUAAAAAGCGCAUCAACUCUAAAUUUUAACCAAAAUAUCAAAUUAUAUACCCGCUGUGUUGUAAGAUAAAUCGAUAGAUUCGUAUAUGAUUCGAAAUGGAGGGGAUCAUUAGAGUUUUGAAAUCACUUAUAAAGUAUGCUUUGAAAAUGAAUGGAAGAAAUUCAAUAAUGAAUACUUUUUAAAGCCAUUGUGAGGGAUUUUAAAACUUUAAAUAUCUCUGUGAAACCCCUAAUAAAUUAAUAACCUGAUUACAUGUUAAAAUUCUCCAACUAUUUUCUCGAUUAAUCUGACAACACCGCAAGGCAUAUCCCUGUUAUUAGUACAACUUAAACUGCACACUGCACAAUUUUUGAAUGUUUGUUAAAUGUUUUAAAGAGCCAAGGGCCGACACCACGAAAAUCCGCUGCAAAAUUGUAUUCUCCUCACCAACUAACUAAGGAAAAUUCCUUGCACCCAAACGAACUUAUCCCAAGCGCCCAAAAACUCCAACCCAGAGAAAAUGGUAAACGAAUUAUGAAACUGCUAGGGCAGAGAGGCAUCUAUGUCUGCUCACGCCACUAAAAAUGCAAAAAUAACAUUAACGCUGUAGAGAACAAGAAGAUAUUAACGCUUAAAAUUUGAGGUUGAUUGGCAUUAAGUAAAAGUUAAACGAUGUUGAAGCAGGAAGAGCCGAGCCGACAGGGCGCGAUCACGAGCAAGUAAAAUAAAUUAUAUAACUUUAAAUGGCACGACGAACAACUUAUUGUGCAAACUAUAACUUCAUACGUAUUGUCUAAAAUAUUAGGAAAAGACAAAAUCCUUUUUAUAGAUCAAAAACAAAACGAAACCAACGUAUUUUUCGCUCUCUAUCUUUCACCUUCGAUUAUAUGAUCUACCUAUGUAUAUCUGUCACUCACUCAGUCAAUCGUUCAGUCAAUCGUUUCGGCAAGUUUGUUGAUUUCGUUUGUUGUGUGUGAUAGUGUUUGGAACUAAAUGAAACUUUUGCAUGUCACAAGAGCAAUUUGUUCUCCCUAAGUCCCCAAGAAGUUAACUUUGUGUCUAAUGAAUAGGGCUUGUUUUUUAUAUCAUCUCGAAUCUUCACAAGGAAAACUAUUUCUCUGCUUAACUCUCUCUUAUUAACUCUCUUUAUGUAUGUGUCUGUGUGGAAAGUAAAUAUACACAAUUAUUACAAUUGAAAUUGAAUCGUUAUAUGAGGUAUUGUACUUGUAUUUUUGUUGACUAUUAUGUAAUUAAACGCUUUACUGAAUAUCAGUUAUGUACAUUUUUUAGCUAAAACUUAAAAUUAAAAUCCAAAUUCAAGCAAAGAAGCUUAUGCUGUUACUUAUUGUUAGUGAAUUUACCACAAAAAUAAAGAACAAAAUGAAACAAAAAUCUACAAAAUUAAAACUCAAGUUGAAUUUUUCAAAAUGUAUAAAAAAAACAAAAUCAUUUUGCAACGUUCAUGCGAGAAGAAAAGAAUCAAAGGGAUUGCCUUGUGGACGCACUUUCGCCUUUGUAUAUUGCGAUACAUUUUGAUGAGAAGGCUUAACUUUAACUUUGAGAACUACCAGAUAAAUAUCUAUUUAAUAUAACGUAUACAUGCAUACAAGCAACAUAUAAACAUAUACCGUAUAUAAAACGUAUGCUAAACUAUAUCUAAAUUGUAAACGACAAUGAGAAGCAAUUUUAAGCAAAAUGAAGAAAUCCAUUUCAAUUUCAACUUCAAUACCCCCCACAUGCAAACAACAUACACGGAUGAGGUAAACCAUUUAUGUGAAUUAAUAUGUAUAGUACUAUAUAUAACUAUGAUUACAAACAGCAACAAGGCUAUCUAUAUGCUAUGCUAAUGAAAGGGUAAACGGCAUUUAAACUCAUUCAACCAAAACCAAAACAAA